AUGGAAUAUUUUGCUCCGGAAAUCCUUGAUGAUGGCAGGAGGAUAAGGGUUAUACCUCCUAAAGAGGUGGCUGAUUUGGGGAGGGACAAAUGGGGAAAUUGUCUCGUUGGUUUCUUCCUUGGUAGAAGGUUGCCAUUCUCUCUUGUGAAGGGUUUUAUCGAUAGGAAUUGGAAGUGCUUCGGCAAGGUUUGUGUUGUCUCAAAUGGGGUUGGGGGCUUUAUUAUGAAAUUUGAUAAUGAGAGCUCCAAGGAUGAGGCCUUGGAAGGGGGCCCUUGGCAUAUUGGGGGGCAACCCCUUUUCCUCAAAAAAUGGCGUCCGAAUUUAAAAAUGGCAGGUGAAGGCAUUAGUAGUGUGCCGAUUUGGGUCAAAUUUAGUGGAGUUCCAUUAGAGUUUUGGACUGCUAAAGGGUUUAGCUAUGUUGCUAGCGCUAUUGGGAAACCUCUCUACAUGGAUAACAUCACGGAUGCGGGGGAUAGAUUGGAAUAUGGAAGAGUUUGUGUUGAAAUUGACACAGCUUCUUCAUUCCCGAAUUUAGUGGAACUAGGCCUCCUGAAUGGUGAUGGUGUAAACAUAAGGGUGGAGUAUUUUUGGAAACCAAGGGCCUGCCCUUUGUGUAGAACUUUUGGGCAUAAUUUGAAGGAAGUUCUCUGA